CAAUAUGUUGCUUCUUAUAUUCUUAAAAUUUUUAUGAUUUGUUUCCAGGUGUGCAGAUUGGACUAUUGGAGCCAAAAUAAUGAACGAUAUUUUAUGUGUUUCAUUAUUGGAUGGUGCUGUUAAAUGCUUCUCUGUUGCUGAAAUAUUAAAAUCAAAAAAGUCAGCAUCAGUGGAUCCUGUGAAAAUUUACCAGCCUGCAAAAAAUGGUUGUGCUCCAUAUCCAAGUUGCUUAUUUUGUGAUACAAAUGGCAAAAUUUACUGUGGAGAUACUUUAGGAUGGUUACACAUUUAUUCUGAGGAUUCUUCACCUUAUGUGAAGAAGAUUCAUUCUGAUUCAAUAACUGGAAUAUGUGUGCUUGGAUCUAAUAUAUUUACUAGCUCUUUGGAUCGAACUGUUAAAGGAUGGAACUCUGAAACUUUGGAACAAGUAUGUCAAUUUCACUCAUCCGUUCCUAUUAGCUGUUUGGCACAAUCUGUGUUCUGUGAUGUUUCUAGUGACUCAGAUUUUUUGAUGUUUGGUGCAACUUCUGGUGCUGUUCAUUUAUUGAAAUUUAAGCCGGCAUUGAAAAUGUGUGAUACCUGAUAUGUUUGUGUAUUAUAUUCAAAUUGUAUUUCUUCUACAAAUAUGGGCAAUUGCUUAUAUAUUUCGCAUUAUGUAACUAAUUGAAUUACUUAGCUGUAAAGGUUGAAAUAUUUUUUUAAAAACUUGAAAAAGAAAUUAGUAAUAUAUGUAUUUAGAAUCUAUUCAAUAAAUUCGUGAUCAAAGUA